GUGAACGUGCAGUGGUUAUCAGCGCUACUUCAGCAUCAUCCCUCCCCUGUCUUCCAGAAGGGUUCGUCGGUCUUGCUCGCAGCGGACAGGCCGAAGGAAGCGAGCUGCGACACAGGCAAUCAGACCCGACUGGAGGACGCGAUAAGGCUUUCUGCCUGGUAAUGCAAAUCCUGAUAACGAAUCCAGGAAGUGGGCUGAGGGACUAGGCUUAUCUGUCGGACGUACCUUGCUCUGCCCCUACCUCACCAGAUCACUCGGGGCCGGAGGUGCAGGCGGACUGGUGGUUGCACGACAUUGGCAGGCAGGGAGUCGUAUAAUAGCGCAGUUCCCCACUCAAAAGAACGUGGUGUUCCUUCGUCUGCUUGGUUGUUCUCUUCUCUCCUACCUAUCUCUCAGUGGUCAUUCACCAUGGACGCCCACGGUAGCGCACCUGCCUACGAAACCUCCAGUUCGAAGGAGAAGCACCUCGAGCCUCAAGGCGGAUGGACAUCUUCUGAUCUCGACCAUGGCGCCGAAACCGAUCUGCACCGCUCGUUGUCGACGCGGCAUUUGACCAUGAUUGCCCUCGGCUCCUCCAUUGGAAUGGGACUGUGGCUGGGGAGCGGCACAUCUCUGAGCGACGCCGGACCUGCAUCGUUGUUUCUGGGGUACAUCUUGAGUGGAUCGGUCAUCUGGGCCGUCAGUCACUCGAUUGGCGAGAUGGCGGUCAUGUAUCCUUUGCCUUCGGCCUUCACGCAGUGGACUUCGAUCUUCAUUGAUAAGUCGAUGGCUUUUUCCCUCGGCUGGGCCUACUGGUUCUCCUACUGGAUUACUAUCGCCAACGAACUGCAGGGAGUCGUGACGGUGCUGAGCUUCUGGACGACCGCUGUGCCUACUGCCGCCUGGAUUAGCAUUUUCUGGGUGGUUAUCGUCUUGAUCAACGUUGUGGCAGUCAAAUUCUUCGGCGAGGUUGAGGUCGCUGCCUCGACCAUCAAGUUCGGCUGGAUCUUUGUGGUGAUCAUCUCGUGUAUUGUGAUCUCUGCUGGUGGAGCUCCGGCAGAGGGACCGAUCGGCUUUCGGUAUUGGAAUGAAGACGCCUUCAUCAACGGGUUCAAGGGCUUUCUGUCCGUGAUGCCGACCUGCAUUUUCGCCAUGUCCGGCUCGGAAAACGCGGCGUUGGUGGCCGCUGAGACCGAUAAUCCCCGCAAGGCCGUUCCUCGCGCCGUCGGGUCCAUCUGGAUCCGCUUGAGUUUAUUCUACGUCCUGGGCAGUCUGAUGAUUACAAUUACCGUCUCUCCGAUGGACCCCAAUCUGUUCGGUGGCAGCGGAGUCAACGCCUCCCCAUUUGUUAUCGCCUACCGCAACGCGGGUCUAGCCCCGUUGGCGCAUAUUAUGAACGCCGUCAUUUUCAUUUCUGUGCUGUCCACGGGGAGUAUCUCGGGGUACGCUGGCUCCCGCACUCUGAUGGGCUUGACACACCUGAACAUGGCCCCUAAGAUCUUUGGCAAAGCCGACAAACAAGGCCGUCCCCUCGCCGGUCUCUUCGUCACCCUCCUCAUUGGUGGCGGCCUCUCCUACCUCAACGUCUCCAACUCCGGCGCCACCGUCUUCACCUGGUUCUCGAACCUGACCUCCCUCUUCACGUUGUUCGGAUGGGGCACGAUCUGUCUCUCGAAUUUGCGCAUGCGCUACGCCUGGAAAGUGCAGGGGCGCUCGGUCGAGGAUCUGCCCUGGCGCUCCUGGGCGUAUCCGUAUGGCGCGAUCUGGGGUCUGUUCUGGUGUGUGAUUCUGAUCAUCGCGGAGUUUUAUUUGAGUCUGUGGCCGCUGGGCGGCAGUCCCAACGCGAAGGACUUCUUCGCGAAUUAUGUUUCCGUGGUGGCGAUUGUGGUCUUGUAUAUUGGGGCGCGGUGUUAUUAUCGGGGGCCGUGGUGGGUGGAUGCCCGGACUAUUGAUUUGGAUGCCCAGAGGCGAUUUUACGUCGAUGCGCAUGAUGUGGAGACCAGGCCGGAGCGGAAGGGGCCAUUGGGGCUGGUGAGGAAGGCGGCGGAUAUGGUUUUCGAUUGAUCGAAUCGUCGGGGUGGUUGGGGGUUGUGUACCUAGUAUUUUAGUACCUAGUAUUUACUUCGUGGGGUCUGGGUCUGUUGUAAUCAUAGAAUAAAU